AUGCAGUACGUCGGGAGAGCUAUAGGGUCAGUUUCGAAAACGUGGUCGUCCAUCAACCCUGCCACUCUGUCCGGGGCAAUUGACGUGAUUGUGGUCGAGCAACCCGAUGGGACUCUGCAAUGUUCGCCGUUCCAUGUUCGGUUUGGCAAGUUCCAGAUCCUGAAGCCGUCGCAGAAGAAAGUGGAGGUGAUCGUAAACGAUAAAUCAACCAACAUCCCAAUGAAACUCUCCGAGACAGGGGAGGCCUACUUUGUGUUUGAGACGUAUUCGAGUGUGGAGGGUAUCCCAUCUGAUCUAAUAGGUUCCCCCGUGGUUAGUCCCGUGAGUAGCCCUGAGUUGUCCCCUAGCGAACCCGCUGGCGAUGCUGCUGCAGGGAAGGCAUCGCUAAACGAGCCAGAAUACUUGAAUAUCAACGAUCACGCCACAGAAGACGAUGAGCCGGACAAAACUAAGGUGUUUCAGAACAAGCUGAACCGGAAACUGACGCAGAUCCACAUCCCUAGCGAGCUGGACAACAACGGGGAUCUUCUGCUGGAUAUGGAGGGUUACAUGCCCAACAAAGAUAUGGUACACGAUGUCGACUUGCAUUUGAAACAGCUAUUGAAGGAUGAGCUGGGUUCAGAGUCUGAUAUCUCUAAGUUUAUCAAAGAGGACGCCAAUGGAGGCCUCAGAAUCGUCAACCCGUACGAACAUAUAUCAUCGUCCACGUCGUCGCCGCCAAAACAUUCUCCAUUCGGAGCUGCUCCACCAUCUGUAAGUAUGAGCGAGCCGUCCCUGCUAGAUGGCCGGAACGAUGAUGAAAAGGCAAACGUUUCGAUGAGUUCCGACACUACCUCGAAGGGCGACCUUAGUGAGACCAGCAGUAGAAGUGUGAAUAGCAGUUCUGAUGUUCCCGAUCAGACUGAGAAAAGCAACCCUGCAUCGGCAGACCCCCAGGUAAACUACAUCAAGACUCUGAGACUGACAAGUGAUCAGUUAAGCUGUUUAGGGUUGAAGUACGGCGAAAACGACCUCACGUAUUCCAUUGAAAACGGCAGGGCCGUUGUUACAUCGAAACUUUUCGUUUGGAGAUGGGAUGUACCCAUAGUCAUCAGCGAUAUCGACGGCACAAUUACCAAGUCAGACGCCCUGGGCCACGUUCUGGCAAUGAUCGGCAAGGACUGGACCCACGUUGGCGUCGCCAAACUGUUCAAUGAGAUCGCGAGGAAUGGCUACAAUAUCAUGUAUCUGACGGCGAGGAGUGCAGGGCAAUCAGAUUCAACCAGAAGUUAUCUACGAUCGAUAGACCAGAAUGGCUAUCGUUUGCCGCUGGGGCCAGUCAUACUUUCACCGGAUCGGACAAUGGCAGCGCUCAGAAGGGAGGUGAUUUUGAAGAAACCUGAAGUGUUUAAAAUUGCUUGCUUGAACGACAUCAGAUCUUUAUACUUCGACAGGUACUACAGGGAGGAACUGGCAUCGGGGAAAGACAACGACGAAAAACCAACACCGUUUUUUGCUGGGUUCGGGAACAGGAUAACAGACGCAUUAUCAUACAGAACAGUAGGCAUCCCAAGCUCCCGUAUUUUUACUAUUAACACAGAGGGGGACGUCCAUAUGGAACUUUUGGAAUUGGCCGGUUACAAGAGUUCCUACCUGCAUAUUAACGAAUUGGUGGACCAUUUCUUCCCUCCCGUGGCAUUUCCAGGUGCUGAAGGGAGAAGCAAUCCGUCCACAACACCUGGUUCCCCUGUAAAUAACGUAACGGACCACCUGGACCCAGAAAACGCAUACGAGUGUAGAUCUUUGUACUUGAACAACCAAGGCGAGAAAUUCACAGAUGCAAACUUUUGGAGGGAACCCCUUUUGGACUUGGACAAUCUUUCAGAUGUCAGUGCAGAUGAACCAUUUAGUGCCAAGAAAAAUGGGCAAAGAAACUCGCAAACGCUUUCCAAAUCACCAAGUAAUGCUACUACCAUACCAAAAAGUACACAGACAGGCCAUUUACCUGAUGAAAACUGUACCAGAUCUACUCCGUCAAAGAAUACUCAAGAAGAUAUAGGGCAGCAGAUGUAUUUAACUUUGGGCUCUCCUUUAAGCUCUCCGACUUUGGAUCACAUUGACACGACAAAUAUUGAUAGUGGAAUGAAGGCGUUAUCGAUUUCAAAACCAGCGCUGCCUCUAUCUGCGGUUUCCAAAGUUAACGUGCUAGAUGACGUUCAUUCGGUCCAUACUCCAGGUCCAGCUGAAGAACGUACACCUGAAAAUUCCGAAAAUGAUUUUUACGACGACGAGUUUGAUGACGACGACGAUGAAUUUGACGAGGAUGAGUUCCUCGACUGA